AUGCCGAUUGACCGCGACCCGACCACCGGGAGGUUCAGAAAUCCGACAUGGCUGCCUUACGACGGCCAUCCCUACCUCAAUCGUAACACAGGAUUCUGGCAGGACCCCAAUCCUCCGCCUAAUGUGACGCCUGCGCGCAGAUUCGAUGGUAUAUUUACAAGUAACGAGACGGAUCGGAUCGACAGACCCAUAUUGCACGCUUCUGUGCAAGAGCAUGCGGUUGCUCUGUCAGUGGCUGAAGACUUUUCCGAUUGGACAACGUUUGUCGAUGACUUUCAGAGACAGCCACGACUGCCGGAUUUUGGAUCCCAAGACUUGCUAGCAGUCAUCGUGCACCCUUCUCACGCUAUGUUUUUCCGUCAACUCAUUGUCAGUGGACAUGCAGCCGCCGUGCUCCUACACAAAGGCCUCGUUUCCAAAUCCGAUGCUGUCCAUCGCGCGGAAGGGCUGAGCGAGCGGGUUCUGUUUUCGCACCACGCCGCGAUAUUCAGACAGUACUUUGCGCACUUGCAGCAGUGGCCUCCGAGUGAGCACGCGGUGGAUUGGCAGAACGAACCGAGGAAGUGUUUCCACGAUUUCUGGCAAUUGCAAGCCCCUCUGACGCUGCGAGAGGGCAUACGUGGGAUGAGUAAAGGCGAGAAAAUGCGGAUAUUUGGAGCGUUCCAUGCUGUCUGUGGACACUUGGGGCGCCGAUAUUCUUACGACCCGUUGGAGAGGACCACACCGGAAGCCAGAAAAUUGCAGUAUAUAUCCGGAGACCGGGAUCCCACGGCGGAAAUCGCUUGGAGGUUGCAAGAAGUGUUCGAGGCCUUGUGCCGAAAUCCAGAGGGCUGGUACGAACCAGGCGACAGAGUCACGUUGAGAAGACACCUUCAACAAUUAGGCCUCCUGGUCGAACUGCCUGUCAUCGCAUCAUGGAAAGACGGCACAGUUGACAACGAUCGAAAAACGCUCCAUGGCUUGAUGGACGCGGUGGCAUCCGGCAAAAUCCUCGUGCCGCACCUUGCCCUGCCUCAAACUGCGAUAGGGACGACGCGGCGAAAAGCGCAACAAGUGGCGGACCGCGAUUGGACCAGGGAUAUAGCGGAUACGCUGCAACCCGUAGUGUCUGCGAUAGGCGAUGUCGCUUCUGCCUCUGAAUUUGAGCUGAUGGUCUGCGACUUGUUCACCAUCGUCUGGCGGAUGGAAAGCUUUUUGGCAAACAUCGCAGUGGACGCCGAGUUCGACGAAAGAUUGGUUGCGGACACGAUACAUCAAAUUGAACUCAGCAGUCAAGCUGCGUGGCAAGGUCCUCUCAGAGACGUGUUCUCACAUGCACUGAAGAUCAGUAAAGGGGUUUUAGGCGAGACCACAGGAAUAUUUACGUAUGCUCCCCCGGGCGAAUAG